GAUUUAUUCAAAUGGAUGUCGGGGAGACUACUGUCCCUGCCUUCUGAUUCUUAAAAGAACGCGUGGACACCCAUGUCUCCCUCUCAUUCUAUCUCUGCACAGCACUGAGCUCAACUGGAACUUCUUGGAUGAUUGUGAAACUCAGGCAGGGUUGAAACUCUGGUCCUAGUCAGUUGUCUCUGUGAAGUUAAUAACAACAAAAAUAUUAAACUGUUAGUGACAGUCUAAAGAAAAGUCGAGAAAUCCAAAUGGGAGAGUCUGGUGAAGAGAGGACUUAUUCUGGGACCAACAACAAGCAUCAACAAGGAAUUACAGAUAUUAAAAAAGAAUGGGCUCAGGCAUCAUCAAUCAAGGGUAGAAAUUCAGCUGAUGAGAUUCAGUUGUAUCCAAUUCCAGAUUCUACUCUCUGCACCUUUUGCAUGAAUGGAAAUAGUUGCCGAACAGUUCGCUCAAGAACAAAACUAAUGAAUAUUCUGUUAGAAAGAGGGAAGCCCCAAGAAGCCCAGUCUAUUUUCAAUAGUCUUAUUGAAGCAGGCCACAAGCCUUCUCUUGUAACGUACACGACUCUCUUAGCUGCUUUGACCUUUCAAAAGCGCUUCGAGUACAUACAUGUGAUCAUUUCUGAAGUGCAAAGAAGCAGACUUCAGCCAGAUUCAGUUUUCUUUAAUGCUGUUGUUAAUGCUUUCUCCGAAUCUGGGAACAUGGAGGAAGCCAUGAAAACCUUCUUGAUAAUGAAGGAGAAUGGAAUCAAACCAGCUACCAGCACUUUUAACACAUUAAUUAAAGGGUAUGGAAUUGCUGGAAAGCCUGAAGAGUCGCUGAAAGUGCUAGAACUAAUGUCUCAAGAGGGAAAUGUGAAACCUAAUCUCAGGACAUACAAUGUACUUGUCAGAGCAUGGUGCAGCAAGAAGAACAUCAAAGAGGCUUGGAAUAUGGUGUAUAAAAUGGUAGCUUCUGGUUUACAACCUGAUGCCAUUACUUACAACACAAUAGCAACAGCAUAUGCACAAAUUGGGGAAACAAAAAGGGCUGAAGGUAUGAUUUCAGAGAUGCAGAACAAAAAUGUGCAACCUAAUGAACGAACUUGUGGCAUCAUCAUAGGUGGAUAUUCCAAGGAAGGCAAAAUAAAGGAUGCCCUGAAGUUUGUUUACAGGAUGAAGGAUCUUGGGAUGUAUCCUAAUCUUGUUGUUUUCAACUCACUGAUAAAAAGAUUUCUUGACACUGCAGAUAGAGAUGGUGUUGAUGAGGUUCUGACAUUGAUGGAAGAAUUUGGGGUAAAACCAGAUGUGAUAACUUUCAGCACCAUAAUGAAUGUCUGGAGUGCUGCAGGAUUUAUGGAUAAGUGUAGAGAAAUCUUUGAUGACAUGAUCAAGGAGGGAAUUGAGCCUGACACCCAUGCUUACAGCAUUCUGGCUAAAGGUUAUGUGCGUGCGGGUGAACCUGAGAAAGCAGAGGAACUACUAACUGCGAUGGCUAAAUCAGGUCUACACCCAAAUGUAGUGAUAUUCACAACUGUCAUGAGUGGAUGGUGCAGUGCCGGUAGAAUGGACUGUGCAGUCAGGGUUUUUGAGAUUAUGUGUGAAUAUGGAGUCUUUCCCAAUCUGAAGACCUUUGAAACCCUUAUCGGGGGAUACGGAGAAGCAAAGAAACCACGGAAAGCAGAAGAAAUGAUCCAACUUAUGGAACGGUUUGGUGUGCAGCCAGAGAGAACUACUCUCCUGCUAAUUGCUGAAGCCUGGCGUGCCACUGGAUUAUUCAGAGAGGCAAAAAGAUUAAUUGAUACUGUCAAAAAUCUUGGUACAAACCACCAAAUAGAUACGAAGAAUGAAAUGCCAAUGGAGAGUUUAGAGAAAAUUUAUCAUGAGGAAGCAAUGCGUACAUCUCAAUUCAAUCGGUUACAGAUGCCAACUGUGCUUUUGAGUGAUCAAAAAGGGUCAGCUGCUGCUACUAAAAGGAGCCGGAUGGUGUUGAGAGACGCAGACUUUUCAUCUGACAGCUUGUGGACUGCUACUAAAUCCAUGUAUCUUACAUGCAGAUUUGGAGCUAAAAUGCCGAUCAUUUGCCGGAAAUCUCAAGGGCAAGUUUACAUGUAUGGUCAGCCUGCACAGUCAUGUACAGUGGUGUUCUUAAACUGAUAAGAAAGGAGUGUGCUACUACUCUCUUCUGAAAUUUUAAUGUUGUAUAUAGUGACAAGAUUGGGAACUCAUCUCAUAAAUCUAUGAGGUGUGGUAUAUCCUUGUUCCUUAAGUUGCUCUAAAGUUUGCUCAUCGUGUAACUCAAAUUUUUUUGCUUCAUCAUGUCAAAUUACUUGCUGUGUUUAUGUUGUUAACCUGUGUAAGACAUGGACAAAUGCUUGUACAUUUCGUAGAUUAAUGAACAUGAUCUUUCCCGACACAAUCUGUGUGUGCGCGCUAAGCAUGAACUUGCAUGUCUGUAAAUUGCUGCUUUGGGGGUCGAACGAAUAUGAAGUUUCUCAUGCUUUGGCUGGC